AUGAGUUCAAAUCAAGAUUGGCAAUCAUUUGCCAGAGAUAUACAAAACCGUGCACGUAAAGUUCAAAGCAGAGCUGGAGGUGCUGGUGGUCCAAGAGGGGGUCCAGGUGGUAUAUUUGCAGGGUUUGGUGGGUUAGUUUUAUUAGGUGGUGGUGCUUUAUUGUUGAACUCUUCAUUAUUCAAUGUUGAUGGUGGUCAUAGAGCUAUUAUAUAUUCCCGUUUAGGAGGUGUUCAACCACAAAUUUAUAGUGAAGGUACACAUUUUGCUAUUCCAUGGUUUCAAACCCCAUUCAUUUAUGAUGUUAGAGCUAAACCAAGAAAUGUUGCUUCAUUAACUGGUACCAAGGAUUUACAAAUGGUUAAUAUCACUUGUAGAGUGUUAUCAAGACCUGAAGUUUCAGCAUUACCUUCAAUUUAUAGAACUUUAGGUACAGAUUAUGAUGAAAGAGUUUUACCAUCAAUUGUUAAUGAAGUUUUAAAAUCAGUUGUUGCUCAAUUCAAUGCAUCACAAUUAAUCACACAAAGAGAAAGAGUUUCAAGAUUGAUUAGAGAAAAUUUAGUUCGUAGAGCUUCAAAAUUCAACAUUUUAUUAGAUGAUGUUUCAAUUACUUAUAUGACAUUUUCUCCAGAAUUUACUAAUGCAGUUGAAGCUAAACAAAUUGCACAACAAGAAGCCCAAAGAGCUGCAUUUGUUGUUGAUAAGGCAAGACAAGAAAAACAAGGUGCUAUUGUUAAAGCUCAAGGUGAAGCUAAAUCUGCUGAAUUGAUUGGUGAAGCUAUUAAGAAAUCAAAAGAUUAUGUUGAAUUGAAAAGAUUAGAUACUGCUAGAGAAAUUGCUCAUAUUUUAUCUAAUUCUCCAAACAGAAUUAUCUUGGACAAUGAGUCAUUAUUAUUGAAUACUCAAGCUGAUUCACGUAAAUGA